CUUUAAUAAUGGAGCCACUAUUCGUAGAGUUAAACGUUGAAAUAUUUAAAUAUAUAUCAACACCCAUCAACAUUUUAGUUACAAAUCGUAAAUGGUACAAUAUUUCUCAAGACCCCCAUGCCCGAGCCGAAUGGUUGAUUUUUAAAUAUGGCAGAGCGCAUGCUUUAUUUCACGCCAUAAGGCUCGGCAAUGGCUUCAUAACAAUCGAAGUGAUACAGGCUUUACUUUCGAAAAAUGCGAUACUUUCUCGAUAUCUUGUCCAACGUUUAUUAAUGCAUUUUGGUAAUUAUGAUGAGAAUCUUAUUAAACUUAAAGUUGAACAUAAUGUAAGUCAAGUUGACUUUAAUAGACUUCGUGCUCUUAAAAAAAAUUUAUCUUCACCUUGGGGAAAUAAUAUACCUUUAUCAAGUUUUGUUAAAUUAAUCACUGAAGGAUACAUUAUUGUUGCUCGUUUAAAGCAUCUUAUUGAUCUGGGAUUUCAAUUAACCGAUAGCGUUAUAGAAGAGGCAUUUCAUUUAUUUGAACAUAAAUUAAAUGAGAUUGGUGAUCUCUUAAUGAAUUCAUUUCAAGUAAUCCGUAAAGAGUCAGAAUCGGAUCUUGCAUCAUCUUGUCUUAUUCAUGCAAUUAAACCAGAAAGAAAUCUUAAGAAAACUGUUUUGUUAGAAUUUUUAAUUAGCAAAAUCGACCAACCUAGCGAAGCACUAAAAAAUGCAUUAGAUCAUUAUAAUGUCGGAUUCAAGUUUAAUGAUAAGACAAUUAGAACAACUAAGGAAAUCAGAUCAUUAAGUGUCCAAUCAAAUUUCUAUUAUUGGAUACUUAAAAAUUGUGAUCCAAAUUCUGAGAUUACACGGAAAUGUUUUGAUGACAUUUUUGAAUCACGAAUUUGGAUAGACCUAAAAGUGCAGGAAACUCCCGAAAGGAAUGCUCCGAAACAUCUUACUUCUAGUUCUUUUAAUUCUAUUUGUUUUAUUUAUCUUGAAUUUUGUAAUGGAAAAGUUCCAUUCAAUCAAAAUU